UCUUAUGACACAAACCAGCUGCCAGCUCUGCCUUAUCAGACAACAGUUUCAGUUUUUUUAUUUUCAAUCUUUCAUAUGUUGUCUCUUUUCAUGGGUGCAUGGAAUGUAAUGAUUUUAGAGCAGAUCUAUCUUACACGAAGACUAUUGUCUUAAAACAGCCAGGCAGGCAUUUGAAGGAAAAGGCCUACUUUCGUGUAUCAUUUACACAACUUUCAUCAAGCUCUAACAACGCAAUCCCCAAGAUGGAUUAUACUUCAUUCCUGUCCGAAAUGUCCAAGAGACGUGAACCCUCAGUUUUAAGAGAAUUGACAAAAGUAGUUCUUGGGGCACCUCAAGGAACAAUAUCUUUUGCAACUGGAAUGCCAAACCCAUCAACAUUUCCCUUUUCUGAAAUAAAAGUUAAACUAAAAACGGGAGAAGAAUAUACAGUGAAAGGGAAGGAUUUGGACAACGCUUUGCAGUAUCAGCCAUCAACAGGGUAUGCAGAGCUCAGAGAAAUUCUUCAAGAAUUCAUCGAUCAAGAUCAUGGCAAACAGGACUGGAAGACUAGGAAUGUGCUAAUAUCAACAGGCAGUAACGAUGGCAUCUCAAGAGCAGUCGACAUGUUACUUAAUGUUGGGGAUCCAAUAAUAAUACAACACCCACUCUACAGUGGAAUUGAAACGCUGUUGAAACCGUACAAACCAGAGUAUAUCCUUGCCGAACAAGACAAGGAUGGAGUUGAUCCUCAGAUAUUGCGUGAAACUUUGGAAAAUCACAAGAAAGCUGGUAAAAAGAUGCCUAAGGUCAUGUACUUGAAUCCAACGGGGGCAAACCCAACAGGUACCACUCUAACUACUGACCGAAGGCGACAAAUUUACAAGCUGGCACAGGAAUAUAAUUUAAUAAUUUUGGAAGAUGAUGCAUAUUACUACCUACAUUUCUUAGAGGCCAACCCUAUAAGCUUGCUCUCACUUGAUACUGAUGGCAGGGUGAUUCGAUUUGACUCAUUCUCUAAAGUUCUGAGUUCAGGUCUAAGAUUGGGAGUGGUCACAGGACCAACACAACUUUUACGCCAAAUUGAGCUCCACAUGCAAGCAAGCACAUUACAAACUUCUUCCCUAGCACAAGUGUUAGCCUUUCAACUUCUCAACAUAUGGGGUACUGACAAGCUGAAGCAACAUUAUAAGAAUGUGAGAGCAUUUUACAAAGAGAGAAGAGAUAUCAUGAUCAGAGCAGCAGAAAAACACUUAAAAGGUUUAGCUGAGUGGAACGUACCCACAGGAGGAAUGUUUCUUUGGAUUAAAGUCCAUAAAAUAGAGGAUACAAAUGCAAUGGUCAUGUCACGUGGUGGUGACAAGAAAAUUAUCCUUGUGCCUGGGCGUUGUUUCUACGCAGACCCACAAAAAGGAAGCCCAUACAUAAGGGCAGCUUUCAGUAUAGCACCAAAGGAGGACAUUGAUCAGGGAAUGGCAAGACUAGCUGCAUUAAUUAAAGAUGAACAAAACUGAUCAAAACAAGUCUUGAUCAUGAAAAAAAAAUCAAGAAAAAACCACAACAAAAACAACAAAAUUAUAGGUAACAUUUUAAAGAAGAUGUUUAGUCCUUCCUCAUUUUAUAGUAACUUUAAGCUAAUGAGUGUUGAUAAAAUAUAGUGUUUCAAUUUGUAACAA